AACUAUCCGCUUUGGUGUGUGUAAAAAUAGCGGUGUUCGCUAGCAUCCAGUACAAAAUGUGCUGGGCACUCAAUGGAUUUGAAUGGAACGCUAUGUCCUCUGUCUCCUAUGGUGAGCCCAUUUAAUUUCGUCUUUUCUUUUAACCACACAAUGUUAUUUCCGGCCAUAUUACUAUCGGUUUGUAAAACCGUUAUUACCAGCGCUAAUGCAAUUGUAACGACAUGCGCUCACCCCCGCCUGAGGUGGGCGGUUCCGCUCCAAGAGCAAAGUACGUGACUCUCCCUGCCCAUAGGCUACGGAUAGCUAUAAUAACAUAUCCGGCAUGGGAAGGACAAGAAUGUAGGCAAGGGAAUGAGGGAAUCGCCUAUUAGGUAAAUAAAACCAUGGCACCAAGUUCCUAAAGUGCAAGACUACAAAAUGUGUGUUGGAUUGCGUUAGCUGUCAGGAGUCCAGGAUGAGUGUUAAUGUCAUAUCACCACGAAGUAUAUCUGGGAGGCUGCUUCAUCAUUUGCUGCUGCUGCUGGUGCUGCUGCUCGCGAAGGGGACCGCAGUCUCGCGGGUGGCGGAGUUUCCGCGCGCUGACACUGCGCAGAUGCCUUUUUCCCAGGCCUGCCGCAUCGACGUCCUGCUGUCAGGGGACCGUUUUCUUAUGGGAUUUCCUGGAGAAAUACGGGUAUCUACGUCAGGAAGAACACAAGCACAGUUCAGCUGAGCUCGAUUCAGCUCUCAGGGAGUUUCAGUGGCUGUCCCAGCUUCCGGUCACAGGCCAGCUGGACAGUGUCACCCUGCAGCAGAUGGGAGCCCCCAGGUGUGGCGUGAGGGAUGGGCGGAGCCACCGGGCCUGGUCGCACAGAAUUAACGGUCUCCUAAAAGGCGAGGUGGCCACAACUAGUGGGCACCGGAGAAUGAAGCGCUACGCCCGGACAGGGGACAGGUGGCACAAGCGUCACCUGACCUACCGCAUUGUGAAUGGGCCUCGGCACCUCUCCACCGGCCAGGUGCGGCUGGCUGUGCGUGCCGCCUUCCAGUUGUGGAGCAACGUCUCAGCCCUGGCCUUCCGGGAGGUGGCCGAGGGGCCGGCUGAUAUCCGCCUGGCCUUCUUCGAGGGCGAGCACGAUGACGGCACAGGGAACGCGUUCGACGGCCCAGGGGGCGCUCUCGCACAUGCGUUCUUCCCCUGCCGGGGAGAGGCACACUUCGACAUGGCCGAGCGCUGGACGCUGCACAGCCGCAAGGGGCACAACCUGUUCAUGGUGGUCGCGCACGAGAUCGGCCACACGCUGGGGCUGGAGCACUCGCCACUGCGCCGGGCGUUGAUGUCACCAUACUACAGGAAGCUGGGAAAGGCGCUGGUGCUCAGCUGGGAUGACAUCAUCGCUGUGCAGCAGCUCUACGGAAAACCCGCUGAUGGAAAGUUAACACAGUCAUCCGGGAGAGCGUUCAUGUCAGCUCUGCAGGAUUGGGAGCAGACCCAGACUGAGGAAGACCGGGGGUCCAGCCCGCCCCUGUACUGCGAGGGCACCUUCGAUGCCAUCACCAUGGACGAGGACGAGACGGUCUUAGUGUUCCGUGGGGGCCUGUUUUGGGUGGUGUCGCCCCAGGGAGAUGUGAGCGCACCUGCCCCACUACAGCGGCGCUGGCCACAGCUGCCCCCCACCAUCGAGGCUGCUGCCUUCUCCCCAGUGGAUGGCAAGUUCUACUUCUUCAAAGGCAGACGCUUAUGGCGCUACUCGAACAGUAGCUUGGACCCCGGUUUUCCCAGGAACCACGCAGAGGCCAGCCUGCCCCGACGUCCCGACUGUGCCUUCUAUUACCCCCCUCUUGGGCACAUGAUUCUGUUCAAGAGCUCCCAGUACUUCGUUCUGAACCUGAAGACACUGCUUCCAGAGCCCUACUACCCCCGAGGCCUGGAGGACUGGAAGGGGCUUCCACGUGGAACCCACGGAGCCCUCAGCCGCUCUGAUGGACACCUCUACGUUUUUAAGGGGCACCGGUACUGGCAGUUCAACCUAGCAAAGGUGCGAGUGUCGGGUCACGGUAUUUGGGCCCAAGACCUCCAGUGGGUUGGCUGUCAAAAAACACGAAGCGUUAAUGAUGUCCUUUAAGCCUGAGAGGGAGCUGCACCGCAGAAUCCAGAAAACGGCACUGAAGCGGAAUCUUGUGCAAUGCAAUGCAGUUCCAUGUGUAAUCAAAACCUCUCGCAGUGCAUUCUAGGCUCACGUCUUCGGUUUAUGAAGGCCGUGGACAUUUACACACCGAAUCUCAAGGAAAACGGUAAUAACGACAGAAAAAACACUCAUAAAUGUUAAGCGUGUGGUGGCUCAUACAAGACUGUACUCAGAAGCCGCCAGCGAAAGCAAACAGAUUGAUUCUAGCAGCAGCGAUGAAAGAAAUUAACAGGGGAAGCAAGCACAGAGUUUACAUUGCUAGUCGCCACGCACAUCACGUGAUACUAUUUUGGUCACGUUUUGCCCUCUUCCCGUUCUUUCUUGAAUUUUAAGUUAUACAUUAAUGCACUGUGGUUGGAGUAGAAACCAGAAAUGGACACUCAGGAUUAUUGUAACGCAAAGCUGAGACGUUAUUACCCGAUACACGUGAAAUAUACAGGCAUCAUUUUUAAAAUGAUACGCAUGAAAGGAGAUUGACAAGUGACGAGGUUCACACAUGACCGAUUGGCGGUAUUCUGCAUAGGAAAGUGUCAAUUAGUGUCUGGAGUAGAGUUGCAUUCCUCUUCUGUGUACAUUAUAGAUAAACAAAAUCAUUUAGGAGACGCAUUAAUAGAACACCCUUCAUCUAGUAUGAACUAACUUAUAGGCCUAUCCAAAGGUGUUGGGGGUACCCCCAAUAUUUAGAUUCAUCCAUCCCCCUCAAUAAAUGGACCUCUGUGUUUAAAUACAAAGUUGUGUUCCCAUAAUAUCAAACACUCUGAUAUGCCAUCGCGUAUAUCUGUUGUUACUCUGAAACAAGUUUCCUGUUUUACUAAAGCUAUGUUAUGGUCAUUAUUGCACAUGAUUAUCUAUAUGGAAUGAAUGAUCGAGCACUUACUGAAGGACAACUGAUCAUACAUUUUAGAUUCAGAUAUCAUGUGUGGAAAGCAUUUUAUUGUUAUUUUGUUUAUUUCUGCUUCAUUUUAUUUUGUUUUCCUAAACGUUGGUGAGAGUCGUGGAACAACUUCGAUAUCGUCAGUGGGAUGUGUUAUGUGCGGAACACCAAAAACUGGGUGAAGUGAAUGAUCUGUGGAAAAAAUGUUUAAGUAUGACCCAUCCCAAAAAAAAUCACAAAACAGAUCAAGUCAUGUAUCAUACCUCACAAUGGCGGGUACAACGAGUUCUGAUCAAAGCGGAACAAUAGAAUCUAAUGGAUGUACAGUUCGACUUUAUCCUUGUCUCAAAUGGCACAAUACAGAUAUAUUUAUGAGCA